UGACAGCAUAUUUUAUAGGAUCUCAAGCAAAACAAUAUAUUUUCGCCUGCUACGUUAGGUUACACUUUACCAGAUCUGCGCUGAUACAUAGAGAGCGGAUUGGUCGAACAUCACAACUGCUCUGCUCAGGCUUUCUGAAUAGGGAAAACUGCCAAAUUAAACAUUGAGAGCUACCGAAACGCUUGAGACGUGAAGAAACAGCGGUGAACUGGUCAUUUUUUGAGUAACGCAAGCAUCCUUCCUUCAACGAGUUCACCUGUAUUGCGGUUAGUCGCGGACCAAGCAUUCAAGACCAGAGUCAUCCAGUGGAUUCAUCUGAGGUACGGGCUCCACCAAAAGGAAAACAGUAAGAGGACAUAAAAUAGUGUCGACAAGACCUUUUCCAGGACCAGAAGUCUAUGGAAACAGGAUGGAAGGAUUCCUCAUAUCUCUAACACACUAGAGCCCUCGCUGUCGCACUCCCACCCUUCGUUUCGCACUCGCUCGUUAUCAAAGGGCAGCAGAAUGGACGAGCAGAGAUGCAUCCUCCCUCCACCCCUCAAAACAGAGGAGGACUAUAUCCCUUACCCCAGCGUUCACGAGGUCCUGGAUCGUAGAAGCCCCUUUCCCCUUAUCCUGCUGCCUCAAUUUGGAGGCUACUGGAUCGAGGGGACCAAUCACAAACCCAGUGCCACACCUGGGCCUGAGCAGCAGCCAUGUGCUGCCUCCCACAUCAAGCUGGAGACAAACAGCAUUGCCAAGAUCUACAGUAAACAGUUCAUUGGCAAGGAACACUUUAACUACUACUCCAUGGACACUGCCCUGGGCCACCUGGUCUUCUCCAUGAAGUAUGACGUCAUUGGGGACCAGGAGCACCUCCGCUUGCUGCUAAGGACCAAAUUAAAAACCCACCAUGAUGUGAUUCCUAUCUCCUGCCUGACUGAGUUCCCCAACGUGGUCCAGAUGGCCAAGCUGGUGUUUGAAGAGGUAAACGUGGACAGAUUUUACCCGGUCCUCUACCCAAAGGCCUCAAGGCUCAUUGUCAACUUUGAUGAGCAUGUCAUCAGCAACAACUUCAAGUUUGGAGUCAUUUAUCAGAAGUUUGGCCAGACCACUGAGGAGGAGCUAUUUGGGAACAGCGACGAGAGUCCUGCUUUUGUAGAGUUCUUGGAGUUUCUGGGGGACAAGAUUGAGCUCCAUGACUUUAAAGGGUUCAGAGGAGGACUGGACAUCACCCAUGGCCAGACAGGAACAGAGUCGGUCUACACUAACUUUCACAACAAGGAGAUCAUGUUCCACGUGUCCACCAAGCUGCCAUACACAGAGGGAGACUCCCAGCAGCUGCAGAGGAAAAGGCACAUAGGCAACGACAUCGUGGCCAUCUUGUUUCAGGAGGAAAACACGCCCUUUGUACCAGACAUGAUAGCAUCCAACUUCCUGCAUGCCUAUGUUGUGGUUCAGGUGGAGAAUGCCUGCUCAGACAACGUCACGUACAAGGUGUCUGUUACAGCGAGAGACGAUGUGCCUUUCUUUGGACCUGCUCUACCGGACCCGGCCAUUUUUAAAAAGGGUCAUGAAUUCCAUGAGUUCCUAUUCACUAAGCUGAUCAAUGCGGAGUAUGCCUGUUACAAGGCUGAGAAGUUUGCCAAGCUGGAGGAGCGCACACGGUCGGCCCUGCUGGAGACCCUGUAUGAGGAGCUACACAUCAACAGCCAGUCCAUGAUGGGCCUGGGAGGGGACGAGGACAAACUGGAGAAUGGGGGUGGAGGGGGAGGAGGCUUCUUUGAGUCCUUUAAGCGGGUGAUCCGCAGCAGAAGCCAGUCUAUGGAUGCCAUGGGCCUCAGUAACAAGAAGCCACACACUGUCUCCACUAGUCUCAGCGGCAACUUUACAGAGACCCCCAAAACCCCAGGGAUAUCUCUGAUCAUUCCUGGGAAGAGCCCCACCAGGAAGAAGUCUGGGGCUUUCGGCACCCGACGGAGCAGCGCCAUUGGGAUCGAGAACAUCCAGGAGGUGCAGGAGAGGAGUCGGGAAGUGUCCCCCAGCACACAGAGGACCCCAGACAGCGGACACAUCUCCCAGGACCCCAAAUCAGAGAACUCAUCCAAUCAGAGCUCACCAGAGAUGCCCACCACAAGGAUCAGUUCGGCCAUGUGUUGCAGGGCUCCGUCCAUCCCUGAGGCCCAGGACCUGUCCCGCUCCUCAUCUAAUGCCAGCAGCUUUGCCAGCAUGGUGGAGGAACACGAUAAUGUGUGCAUCGAGGAAUACAACACUGGACUGGAGAGUCUAUGCUCUUCUGGAGCACCACACAAGAAGGACUCAUUUGCGUAUGUCUCCUGGGUAGAGGAUAGUGUGAGCAGUACUAGUGCCACCAGCCAGGGCAGCUCUCCAGCACCUGCACUGCCCCAGCAGACUGAGGGGGGCAGAGGGGUAGCGCUCAAAAGGGCGGAGAGCCGAGACAAGACAGCGCGGUCACAGGAUAAGUCAUCAUCGCAUUACCAUAAGAGGCACCCCCUGCAGGAGAUGAAGCAAGCACACGUGUUUUCCACCACAGACGCAGAGGAUCAGAGCUAGUCGCUGGGACAGACAGAUAGACCUGGGGUAGGCUAGUCUAGUCUGAACAGCCAGGUCCAUGGACAUGCACUUACAGGCCUCCCUCAUUCCAACUCCAUGUGACUGACUCCCAGCAUGCCUUGAGGGGUGAAGGAGAGGAGUGACCCGCACCCCACCCAAAACGAAUGCCACUCACACAGCAUCGCCUCUGGCUGUCGUCUGUUGGCUCGCUUAGCCUGCAUACAUGUCUGCUCCGUGAGCUCUGUGAAGCCUGAAUCUGUUCAUGUAGUUUGUUAUUGUAUACUCUCCCUUGUCCUCUCAAUGGCAUUGUUUAUUGUUUUGUUUUGAAGGUCGAAGCAGGGGUGGAUCUUAAGAUCCGUUGACCAUGUGUCAGGUACAACAGGACUUUUUCUGUUAGGCUAAGGAGGAAUGCAUGAGGAGGAUAAGAGGGUGUUGUCCUGUUGCCAUUGUGGGAAGAAAUUACAUUAUUGCACCCAUCAACCUCACAUCCCACCAUGAUACUGUACGUGUUACUCUUGGUGUCCCGGAUCCUUUGUUGGCACACCAAGCCUUGUGUUUCAAUUAUGAGUGUAAUGCUGGAUGUUGACUAGAAACUUUUAGUAAAUGUUACAUGUUUUUGAUAGAAGGUACUUUUAUCAUCAUCAUGCUGCUGCUGGUUUCAAUUCCACUACUUCCCCUGACAAACUGUACAAUUACAGUUCACAGUUGAUGUUGAUAAAUGGAAAAUCUUUUACUGACUCCACAAUUAUGCUCAACCUAUUUCAUGCCAUUUAAGCUGAGCAAAAAACAUGACAUAUUGAAUUACUGAUAAGGUCCAGUGUCCAAACUAAAUGACUUCAUCCCUGUUCCAUACUGUAGAUAAUACCACACGGUCAGACAUUCCACCAAGGUGACCUAACCAAAGCAGACAGCCUCCAAAGUCAAGCUACUGUCCAGUGACUACCGUUUUAAGCAUUUUCUUGCUUUUUUCCAAACCACUAGUUUGAUUUAAAGUAUGUGUUUGGAUGUGUGUAUACAACUGUGCAUGGUGUAAAUCUGCUUGCAAACUCCAGUCAACUGGUACCAUGCUCAAAAUAGAGGUGUUGUCCCUGGACUGUUCCUGUGAUGUGUUACUCUAAACCAGUCAACUUCUCCAAAUUCAUUGCACAAUGCAGAUAUAAAAUCACGUUAUAUCAGUUUCACAUAGGUUUUGAUUGAGAAAGAUGGGGAUACAUUGUGUAGAUGUGGAAACCGGCACUAUGUUUUCAGAUGAUUGCUGAUCUUUUGAAAAGCUGACAUUUCUAAAAAGAAUUACACUGUGACAAGUCUUGAAGUUGCCUUUUUAAUGUUUGUGUUAAGUAAGCUGCUUUAUAGGAGGGUAACCCCCUUCAUAUAGGGAAUAUAUUCCAUGGUGGAUAUUGCCAACUGGAAUCUAUCACCAACUGGUUUGAAUGUAAAACUAAACAGAUGUGUAUUAAUUUGUACAUAUCUGCUCUCAAUGAAUGGAACCUGGGUCUCUUGUGAAAUGUCUUACAUUGUAGAGACAUUUUCCCUCUUCUCAGAUGUAUGUGAUGAAAAUAACUGAUAUGAAGGCAUGGUUUUCAUGACUUUUUAUUUCAAUGAAGUGAAGAGCCAAUAUGGAAUUGAGUUGUGCUUUAUUGUCUGUUGUGACAUUAGUACAUUCCGUUUUCAUACAAUCCUUUUGGAAAUCUUUCAGUUGAAUCUUAAGGAUCCCUGCCUAAGUAAGAAACACUACAUCAAAAUACAGUUAGUCUUACAUUUACUUAAUCAUUAAACAUCAUUCUGAAGAUUAUGAUUCAACAAAAUACUAUUAAUUGGAAUGUCAUUGGAAUGAUGAGAAAGUUAAGUUUCAUCAUGUUAACAGCGCCUUUGGCGUCAUAGUGUGUAUUGCAGGCACACACUAAAACUAUAUCAAAAAACUAUUUUCAUCUCCGUCUCACUAGUCUUUGGAAAAUGCUUGAAUACCAGUAGUUGGAUUACGCCCUCUGGUGUCUCCAGUUUAUAUUUGCACAUUUCUCUGUGGUCCUGUUGUUCUGUUUGUUGUACAUGCAAGACAUUUGGAUUGAGCCCCCAGCCAAUUCAAACAACAGAUUCAAUCUGCAAUGUGCUUGAUUCAGGUGAUUGUAUUUCUCUUCUCGUUGACAGUCCGCUUAAGUUCUUGUUCAAGUUCCAAAGUCUUGUUUGUAAAUAUUGCUUUUCACCCUUUUGUAAAUAAAGCCAAAUAUGUUUAAUAAAGACAAAAGGGGUAAUACCA